AUGGAUCACUGCCUCCGCAUUAGGAUUCAUGCAUACUCGCGUGCUUUCACGGGCUUCAUGCACAAGCAGCGACCUCAAUCCACCUCUACCGCGCCCCAGGAGAGAGCCCAGCCCUGGAAGGCCAUGCAGGAAGUCCAGAACCUGUUCAAGCCCGAGGUGCCCGCCGCUGCUGAGACCGCCGACAAGGCCGACGAAGAAGAGCCCUUGAAGCUCAACUUGCUCCGGGCUCAAUUCAACUCCGCCAGAUCCAACAUUGCCAAUGUCGAGGAGAAGCACUAA